UGCCUGCGACAUACGAUUUACUGCUUCUUAUCCCUCGACACAUCAACUGACGGUCACAGGGAUCCCUCGUCCUCGAAGACACUGGCUCGAUGCAUGGGGUCUUUGUCAACGGCAGAAAGAUCACCCUCACCGAGAUCUUCGACUUUGACGAGAUACGAUUUGGAAGCCAGGUCACUCGCGCAGAAGCUGUUCACGACGGUGUUCAAGUCAAGAUCACCAACAUCGCCCGUCAAGGUGCCAACUUUACAGCUCUCACAAACUUCGCCAACCUCGCCAACGGCACCAAGCCCAAUCCUCCUCCUUCGUACCGCGUCCCCGACUACGACACCGACUCGUCCGCCGACCACAGUGCCGAGCUCACCUUCCACAAGACUCCCACCAUGCAUGUUAUCGACCUCGAUCCAGUCUCCUCUCCUGUCCGCUCGCGUAGCCUUGAGAUCCAUCAGUUCGAGGAAGAUGGCUCCGAAAACGACUGUGACUCGGACCUCGAGAGUGACUACGAGUCCAACGACUACCCAGACGACCCGGAUGAGUUGGAUGAGGAUGGCGAACAGAGCAUCUCUGCCUCAGACCGCUCAGAUCGCUCAGACCGUAGUGAAUCUCCUGGUCUCUCCGAAGCAUGGGACGACUACCCCCGUGAGGACGAAGUCGACUUUGACUCCGAUGACUUGGCCGAGACCCAUGGGCAGCCCCAGCAGCCGACAUCAUUGUAUUCUGGCAAUCCCAAGCCUCAGGAAUCGUGGGCGCGCCUGCUUUCAGAGAAGGAGAAGGUACGCGAUGCCACAGAGGCAAAGAUGUCAAUUCCAUGGCUUGUCGACUCAACUCUUGCAAACGACUGGAACGUCCCUGCUCCCUUCUCCACGAGCGUCACACAGACCUUUGACAUCCCCAAGGCUCCCUCGCCCCUUAUCUGUCACAAGGCCGGCAUUGCUAUCAACUCCGUGGAAGAGAAGAAGAAAGAUGUCGACGCUGGUGACAUCCUCGCGCAAGAAUUGAAGCUCUCUGACGCUGUGUCUCGGGCCCUCGAGCUGGAGGACCAGGAGCUAGAGACAAGUGCAUCUCCUGAAACUGCCAAGGUGGAAGAGAAGGAGAAGGUUGCCGCUCCCACGGGCGCUGCUAUCGCUGAACUGCUCACCAAUGUGGUUGAGGAGAAGGAGGUCGCUCCCACGCCCACGGCCGCUGAGCUGUUCGCCAAGGUCGAUUCACCCAUUGGAGGCAAGCGCAAGCGCGAAACCAACGAUGAUGGCCGUGAAGAAGUCACUACUCCCGCACCUGGUCACAAGCUGCUCAAGCUUAGGUUCGGUCAGCAACACAAGAACACUCUGCAGAACCUCUUCAAGAAACAGGUUACCACAACACCUCGUCCUAUCAAGAGGGUUAAGCGCUCUACUGCCAAGUCCGCCUUGAAGGUAUUCGCCAGUGCUAUGGGCGGUGCUGCUGCCAUGGUCGGCGUGCUCAUGACUCCUCAGUGCGAGCAAUGGCUUGCCAACUGGCCCAUCCAAUAAAUCCGAGCUGGUGACUCGACCAAUGACAAAGAGUGAGCUCUAGCGUCGACUUAUGUUUAAAGUCCGCAGGGGAGCCUUCCAGAUCUUUUUGGCAGGGUCCAAUGGAAGACUCACGACGAGCGUGCUAUCGCGGGGGGGGGGGGGGGGGGGGG